AUGAAAACAGGCUCACUCUUCCACUACUUGCUCUUAAUUACCACUGUUGCCUCCGCCGCCGGGGAUGCUAACAGAACAUGUGCCCCAUCUUCGUGCGGCAAAGUCACCAACAUAAGUCAUCCUUUCCGGCUGAAGGAUGACCCACAAAAUUGUGGCGAUGAGAGGUAUGAGUUGGCUUGCGAGAAUAACAUCGCCGUGCUAGCUUUGUUCCCGGGGAAGAACUACCAUGUUGAAUCAAUAAACUACAAUAACUUCACAAUCCGACUCGUAGAUCCCGGCAUCUCAGAAGAUGAUUGCUCCACCCUUCCUCACUAUUCCAUAACCGGAUCCUAUUUGUGGAAUAAUGAAGAUGAAAGCAGACCAUAUGAAGGCAGUCAAGACCGACAGACUGAUUUUCGUAAUGGCUCCACACGAGUCGAAACUGUAGAAUUAUUCUAUAACGUGGUUUUCUUGGAGUGCAGAAAUCCGGUGAGGGACGAUCCACGAUAUGUGGACACUGCCUCUUGCAUUAAACAAGGCCAUCAUGUUUAUGCCGUUGUUGGAGGGUUGACGGUGGUUGAAUUAAGAGAUGGUUGCCAUGUGAAGCUGGUUGCUGCCUACUCAUCAUCCUUUCUUGCUCCACCGAGUUGGCCAUAUCAAUUGAGCUGCAACCAAAACUAUUCAUACGCUGAGAUUCAUAGGAUGCUCAGUUAUGGAUUUGAGCUUUCGUGGGUACCUGGUGCUUGUCAAUAUAAGUGUGGACUGAAGCGGAGUUAUUGCGCAAUCGACCAAACCGCUCAAAGUAGUCUCAUAUGUUUGCGGGAUUCCUGUUACACACCACUUUUUGGGAAAGAAUGUCGUAAGAAUCUAUAA